UGCCAGUCAGCGCGUCGCCGGGCAGCAGACUCGGUUGCAGCCGUUUGCGAGUCGCGGCCAUUGGUGGUACCCCUAGUGUGUGUGUGUGUAGAAGAGGGAGGAAAAAGAAGACCCCGUGGGUUUCUUUUUACAAAAGACCGGUAGAAUAACUCACUUCUUCGGGGGUCACUCCACCCCGGGCCUUUCUGUUCUUUUCCCACCCCCAUCUUUCCAAAAAAAAAACAUUUGUUUUGAUCCACCGACUCACCAUGCCACCCAAGAGAAAGGUUGCUGGAGAGCCUAGAGAGGAGCCAAAAAGGAAGUCGCCAAGGUUGUCAGCAAAAUCACCACCUCCUAGACCAGAGCCAAAACAAAAGAAGGCAUCAACUAAAAAAGAAAAGGCUGCUAAUGACAAGAAGGAGGAAAAGAAAGCACCAACGAAAGGAAAAAAAGGAACAAAAGGCAAAGAAGAGACUAACCAAGAGGAUGCAAAGGAAGAAACUCCCUCUGAGAAUGGAGAAGCCAAAAAUGAUGAGGCACAGUCUACUGAAAGCUGUGAAGAGAAAGAAGCCAAGUCAGAGUAACUGCAUCUGCCCGUCAUCUCCAUCAAUGGCAUCCAUACCUCCAUACUGUAUUGUUAACAGAGAGGAAUAUUUUUAUCAACUAUUUUAUAAAUACAAGGUUUUUUUAGCAUGAAUUUAAUUAUGGAAACACCCACAUCUCAAGAUUAUUUGGGGUAUGAAACCCUAAAGAAUCAUUGUUUUAAAAUUGUGAUUGUCAUAGUUAGUGUGAUAUGUGGGACAAGUAAAUGGUGGUAGUUAUUGACUUCUGUCAAUGUUUGUCUUGUGUCAUACUUAAAAAGGUCUGAUUUAAUUCACCAGGUAUUUGUGGUAUUAGGCUAUUACAAGUGGGGAAGAGAAAGUUGUUUGUCAAAACAUUCCAGUGGUUUUGUGGGUUAGUUUUGUAACCAGGUAAAAUAUUUUGGUGAAAAAAAAUAAAACAUGGGGCCUGGAAAUCUAAUGUGAAAAAAAGUUUUAAUUUUAAAUGUUGUCAUUUUUGUAAAGAGAAACCUUUGCAAUCAUGUGAAACAAGUUUCUAAUGGAAAUUAACAUCUCUUUUAAAAGGGCAGAUGGCUGUAUGUACCCACUUCCUGUCAGAAUUUUUGCUGGAUGAUUUACCUUAAUAAAAGAAAACCUCCCCAAA